AUGGCACCUCCGACGAGAGUACUGGGUAAGAAUGGCCCUGAAGUCACAGCCAUCGGCAUGGGCUUCAUGGGCUUAAGCGCUUUCUACGGGAAGGCUGCCCCGUUUGCAGAGCGCCUUCAGUUUCUUGACCAGCUCUAUGCUUCUGGAGAGCGAUUUUGGGAUACAGCCGAUGCAUACGGCGACAGCGAGGAACUUCUCGGCAUGUGGUUCAAGGCGAACCCCAAAAAGCGACAAGAUAUUAUCUUGGCCACCAAAUUCGGUAACAUGGGCCACGGAGUCGCUCGGACUGAUCCGGCCUAUGUGCCUGAAGCAUGUGCAAAGAGUUUAAAAGCACUGAAUACGGAUUACAUUGACCUCUACUAUGUUCAUCGAGCCGACCCCCAAGUGCCUAUCGAGCAGACUGUAGCGGCCAUGGUUCAACUCAAAGAACAAGGAAAGAUUAAGUACUUGGGCCUGUCGGAAGUUUCUUCUACAACCCUUCGCCGUGCCCACUCGGUUCAUCCUAUCACGGCAGUCCAGGUCGAAUAUAGCCCUUUCAGUCUUGAGAUUGAGUCUGAGCAGACAGGAAUACUGUCUACCUGCAAGGAACUGGGCAUUGGCAUCGUUGCAUACUCGCCACUCGGCCGAGGUAUGCUAACCGGGCAAUUGCGGGGACCUGAAGAUCUUGACAAGGACGACUGGCGCCGUACUAUACCUCGCUUCUCUGCGGAGAACUUUUCGAAAAACUUGGAACUAGUGGAUGAAUUAACUUCCUUCGCUGAACGCAAGGGCUGCUCGACAGGCCAACUCGUCUUGGCAUGGCUACUGAAGCAAUGGGAUAUGGUGGUGCCAAUUCCAGGUACUACAAAGAUAGCCAAUUUCAACGCUAAUAUGGGCGCGCUGGAAAUUGAGCUCAGCGACACCGAGGUGCAGCAGAUCAGAUCCGCGGUUACCAAGGCUGAGAUUAUUGGUGACCGCUACCCGCCAGGUUGGAGCCGGACGCUGUUAGUAGAUACGGUGGAAUUGAAAUAG